AUGGAUUCUCUAGGUCAAACUACACAAAUAUCUAAUUAUUCUUGUAGUGAAAAUAAUGUUUCGAUUCAGUUUACAUUAUCUUCAUCACCUCAUUCAGCUUCAAAUCCAACAUCAAAUUGUUCUUUACAACAAUGUAAUGUAAACUUAACUAAUAUUAAUAAUGAUAAUUGUCGUUCAUCAUCAACACCUUGUUUUGAUUAUCGAACAAUAAAUAACAUCAGUUAUUGUGCACCUGGUAUUUUAUGUUCAAUAUUAGAAACAUGUAAUAAUAUUACACAAAAAUGUUCAUCAAAUAGUUCAGUGUGCGUUAUUAAUUCAUGUUGUUCAUCACAAGCAGUAUGUUUACCAUUCUUAGCAACAUACAUGUGUAAAACAGAAUGGUUUUCUACUGGCAAUAUGACUACCACACGACUUUUUCACUCAGCAUCUGUAUUAGCAAAUGGAAAAGUAUUAGUUACUGGUGGAUAUAAUGCUCGUGUUUUUAACAGUGCUGAGCUGUAUGAUCCUUCCACAGAUACUUGGACAACUACUGGUAGCAUGGAUAAUGCACGACGAGAUCACACAGCAUCUGUAUUAUCAAAUGGAAACGUAUUAGUUACUGGUGGACUCGAUGUUAAUUACAAUAUUUCAAAUAGUGCGGAGCUGUAUGAUCCAUCCACAAGCACUUGGACAACUACUAGUAACAUGAGUAAUGUACGAUAUUGGCACACAGCAUCUGUAUUAUGGAAUGGAAAAGUAUUAGUUACUGGUGGAUACAAUAAUGGUUUUUAUUUAAAUAGUGCUGAGCUGUAUGAUUCAUCAACAAGCACUUGGACAACUACUGGUUACAUGACUAAUGGACGAAGUUGGCACACAGCAUCUAUAUUGCAAAAUGGAAUAGUAUUAGUUACUGGUGGAUAUGGCAAUAGUGGUUUUUUAAAUAGUGCUGAAUUGUAUAAUCCAUCAACAGGUACUUGGACAACUACUGGUACCAUUAAUGAUGCACGAUAUUAUCAUACAGCAUCUGUAUUAUCAAAUGGAAAAGUAUUAGUUACUGGUGGAUCAAACUAUGUUAUUUUAAAUAGUGCUGAAUUGUAUGAUCCAUCAACAGGUACUUGGACAAUUACUGGUCCCAUGACUGAUGCACGAUAUUAUCACGCAGCAUCUGCAUUAUCAAAUGGAGAAGUGUUAGUUACUGGUGGAUCGAAUGAUGAUAAUAUUUUAAAUAGUUGUGAGCUGUAUGAUCCAUCAACAGGUAUCUGGACAACUACUGGUAGCAUGACUAAUGCACGAAUAUAUCAUAAGGCAUCUUUAUUAUUAAAUGGACAAGUAUUAGUUACUGGUGGAGGUGGUAAUAGCAGUAUUUUAAAUAGUGCAGAAUUAUAUUAA